AUGGCUAACACUGGUGAUUUUAGUAAUACAUAUACACUAACAUCAUCGGAUAAUUUGUUUGAAUUUUUAAAAGCUAGAGGCCUUCCCGAUGAUAUGGCCGCUGAUUAUGCGUCCGCUAAGCCGACAAUGAUUUUAAGCAAAAAGGGCGACCAGUUUUCAAUGAGACGUGUGUUUGUUGACGAUCCCAAUAAGUCACACGACGUUAGAUUUGAAUUGAAUAAACCGUUUGAAGAGAUCCGACCCAAUGGUCCAACUAUUAAGAGUAUAGUGGUUGCUGGUGAUGGCAAACAAUUGAUUCAGACACAAACAGGGGACAGGGAUGUGGUUAGAAUUGUCUAUGAUUUCAAUGGUAAAGAUCUACUAAGCAAUGCUACCAUCAUUGGCACCGGUAUUUCAACUAAAGGUGUUUUCACACGAGUUGAAUAA